AUGGACAUCAAAGUAGCCAUGGGAUCUGUUGCCGCCUCGAUUAUCAACAAGGAGCAAAAAAAGAAAGAUAAAGAGAGGGAUGAAAAUAUGGAUAAGAUGAUGGUAGAAUUAGGCCUCCUUACAAAGUAUGUAAUGAGUGCAUCUGUAAAAGCGGUUAAUGUCAUGGUCUCUAACGGGUAUGAUGAAUAUGAAGAAAAAUAUCUUGAUAAAAAGAUAAGUGAUUGUUGUUUACAAGGUCAUGAUGCAGAGACUUGUUGGACUGCUUAUCCAGAACUAUAUGAAAAGCAAAGAGAAGAAAAGAAGAAAGAGGUAGCAAAGGUUGAUAAGGAAUUGCAUAAUAAAGUAGGAGAACAACAUGAGAAGAUUAAUAACCAAGCAGACAAUCAAAAAAUUAGUACAAAGGAGUGGCUCAAUCAAAUAUUUGGCAAAAGUUUAGAUACACCUCUUCCAGAAAUAGAACAAGCAGAGAAACAACAAGUAGUAAAUUCAACACAUAGCAUGGAGGGACAAGAGGAGAAGGUCAUAUCAGAAGAAAUACAGAAAGACAAGAGAGAACAACAAACUCAAGAGAAUAGCAAGCAAGCGGAACAAAAGGAUGCAGAUCAGCAAAUGCAAGUGUAUGAGGAAGAAAAUAGGGAGUUGAUGGUGUUGGAAGGGAUUGUAUCACUGGCAAUACAAUCACAUAGUCUGGUGGAGACAUAUAAUAAAGAUAAGGAAGAUUAA